AUGAAUUUGUUUCUAUCCCUAAUAGCUAUUUCCUGUUCGUCGUGUUCGUAUGUACUGGAGAGUGUGAAAAUUCUGCUAGCCCAGCAGUCGACCAAGUCAAAGAUCAAUGUAUUUCUCAAUUGGGUUUGUGGAUAUUUGGGAGUCUAUGAGCCUGAGUUCCUGCGAUUCUGCGAAUCAAGUGGUGGGGAGAUCGAAGUGCCACUAUGUCCAUUCUGUAGUUACGUUAUGGACCGCAUCAAACUGAAGCUGAACCGAAACAGCACAUUGGACAAAUUCAAAUCGGUCAGUCAAGCAGUUUGUUUAACAGUCAGUCAAUGGAAUGAUUUGUGUGAUCAAAUUGUGGAGACAGAUGUGCCAAUGUUAUAUCACUAUUUGACCGAUCACUUCGAUUCACGGCUCACUUGUGAGAGACUAGCAUUUUGCCUGAAAAAUGCCAACGAAGUUUAUGUGCAACCAACAGAAUCUUUGAAUCCAGCAAUGUGUUUGGUGUGCAAACCAAUCGUGUACGCGAUGAAAUUGUUUUUGGAACAGAAAAACACGACGCAUGAAAUUGAGCAACAACUGGACCGAAUUUGUGAUUUGUUUCCAGCUCAUUCCUCAGAGUGCAAAUUUUUAGUCGUGGAAUAUGUUCCGAAAAUCGUUCGGUUGCUAACCGAUAAUGUCGAUCCACAGAAUGUGUGUGAGCUCCUUCGGCUCUGUGGUCCGUCGGAUCGUACACCACUUGAUACAGGCGAGAUGAUCAUGCCAGAUCCCAGUGAGUAA